AUGGUUUCUGUCUCUCCAGAAAGAAGGAGGUUGUUGCCUUCUUCUCCACUUGUUAACAAUGCAAGUAAGAGGAAGUACAAACCUUUCAACUGCUUCAGUAACUACUGUAAGGAAUUAAAGUCUCGUUCAUUGAGUUUACCGUCAAUCCUUCUACUGAUUUAUGCUCUGCCAUUACCAGUUAGCUAUUCAUUUUUUGAAAUUUUCUUUAGAAAUUUUUCUCGUAACCCAUACAACCAAUGUGGAUCUAAUGACUCUGGUAACAUUACAUUAUUUCAUAUUGUUGGAAUUAUAUUAGGAAAUACUAUAUUUCUUCUUGCUCCUUUCUGUGGUUGGUUAUCAGAUACUAAGAUUGGUAGGGGUAAUGCUAUUUAUCUUGGUCUAUGGCUUGGUUGGAUAGGCACUCUAAUACAGGCCAUAGGAUGCUGUUGGCAAUAUCAUUCAUGUGGUACUACUGCCCUGAUAGGGAAGUUUAUCUGGUUUAGUGUGGCUUUUGUUUUCAUGCUAGUUUCAUUGUCAUUGUUGUUCACUAAUAUAUUGCCAUAUGGUAUAGACCAGUUGAUGAAUGAAUCUACUGUCAAGAUAAGAGCAUUCAUUCACUGGUUCUCACUGUGCCUUUAUAUUGGCUACAUGUUUACAGUUAUGUCAGAUGAGCUUGUUGUUUCAUUUGUGGCCUUUGCUCUUUUUUCUUUUUCUCUUUGUCUUCAUUUUCUCUUUAAGCAUCGUUUUGAGCACAUACCUAUUCCUAAUCCUUAUAAAAUUGUAUUUAAAGUUUUGAAGUUUUCUCUCAAAACUAGUCGCACUAGAAGACAGCAUCGUAGUGCAUUCACAUACUGGGGAGAGGAGCCCAGUAGAAUGGAUCUUGCUAAGGAGAGGUAUGGUGGUUGUUUCUCUCAUGAAGAAGUGGAAAAUGUGAAGACUUUCCUUCGUAUUGCUGUUAUUUUAGCGACAGUUUUGUCCCUAUUUGUCCUUGUUGUUCCUUUUUUGAAUAGAUUCUCAGAUUUUGUUGCACAAUUUGAAGAUGGAUAUGAAGUUUUCCAAGGGAAUGCUGAAAAUGUUAUUUGGCUUAUAAGCAUCUUCACCCCUUUGUUUGUUUUAGUCACUUUGUUUGAACUGGUUCUUCUACCUCUCUUCUCUAAAUUAGAAUAUUUUAUAAUUAAUCCAUUGAGAGGACUUGGCUUAGCUUACAUUCUCAUCAUAUUAUCAAUUGUUAGUUUAUUCCUCAUUGACUUGAUUGGAAGGAUUGCUAGUGAUAACAUUUCCAAUAUGACUUGCUUCUUCAUAUGGGAAUCAGUCAAUAAUAGAACAAUUCAAACUUCCUAUUGGAUACUACUCAUACCAUCAGUAUUGGCUGGUAUAUCAUUAUUUCUCUCUUAUAAAUGUUUAUUUGAGUUCCUGUGUAGUCAAGCUCCUUUUGGUAUGCAUGGAAUGAUCACUGGACUGUUCUGGUUUUUGCAUGGUAUAUUCAUUGACAUUGGUUCAGGCAUCUUAUUAAUAGUUUAUUAUCACCCUAUACACUCAUUUAAAGUUAUGUCUUGUACCUCAUGGCUCUCUGUAAUAUUUGGUAUAAUUACUAUCAUUGGAUUAGUGGUGUAUGUAUUAAUAGCUCGAUGGUAUGUCAAUAGGGUCAGGGAUACUGAUCUUGGUCUACGUGCAGCAGUAGAGGAACAUUGGGAGAAUAGACUGAUGGCAGCAAAUACCAUAAAUGACACUGAAACAUCGGGAGAUUUUAUUAUUUCCAGUUUUGAUUGA